ACCCAUCCUUCAUCCCUUGGUCUCUCCACACCCAUUCAUUUCUCUGCUGAUCCCACACAGCUUGUGUCAGGCUGACAGCUGCUCCCAGCCGAAGACUCACAGUCGGCACCUGAUAUCGCUAAAAUGCUAGACAUCUGGAAGUUCCCGUUCCAGGCCUUGGUUUUCGGAGUUUCCCUUUCGGUUUGCAUGCAUUCGGCCUCUGGAAUUAAAGUUGAAGUGAUUCCGAAAAGCCCUAAGAAGGGAGAUUCUGUCACCUUAAAGGUCUCUGACAUUUCUGGAAGUAUUCGAUUUGCUACUUGGUAUAGAGGCAAAAGCACAGAUGCCAACGACCAAAUCCUGAACUAUUUCCCUCGAGAGGAGUUUAAGGGGCCAAAAUACAUUGAAGGCUCUCACGGACAAGCUGACGGCUCCUUAUUGAUCGACAGCGUCAGUGAAGACUUGAAGGGUGAUUAUACAGUGCAGAUCCAAACCACAGAUUCCCUACAACAGGCCACUGUAUACCUUGCAGUGAGCGGUGUCAUCCCUAUUGCUCUGUCUCCACUUGUACCCCUACUAGGGAUGCUGCUCUUUUCUGAACUCAAUUUUCUAUGAAGAUAAGGCGAUCAAAGUAAAG